ACGGUCACACUUUCACCUCGUCAGCUGAAGAAUAAACAUUUAAAAGUUCAUAAAAACAAAAGCUUUAAGAGAAUGCAAAAAUUCUGACCCCUGUGUCACCGAAAGGAUACACUCCCAGUUCCUAUUUCUAGUUUCCAAAUUCCCGUACUGCAAAGUCAUGGUUCGCGUCCUGUUCCUUCACCCGGAUUUGGGUAUCGGAGGAGCUGAGCGCCUGGUGGUGGACGCCGCCUUGGCGCUGAAAGAACGUGGUCACCAGGUCAGCUUCCUGACCAAUCACCACGACAGUACGCACUGCUUCAAGGAGACGGCGGAUGGCAGCUUUCCGGUUCAGAUUGUGGGCGACUGGCUGCCACGCCGGCUCUUCGGAAGAUUCUAUGCCAUCUGCGCCUAUUUGCGCAUGUUGUAUGCGGCGAUCUAUGCCAGCUUCUUCAUGCCGCAGCGGGAGCAGGUGGAUGUGGUGGUCUGCGACCUGAUCUCCGUCUGCAUUCCGGUUCUCCGGCUGGCCCGUCAUCGUCCACGCGUCCUCUUCUACUGCCACUUUCCGGAUCAGCUGCUCAGCUCACGGGAAGGUCUGCUGAAGCGCCUGUACCGACUGCCCAUCAAUUGGCUGGAGGAGCACACCAUUGGACUGGCCGACAAGGUGCUGGUGAACUCCAAGUUUACGCUGCGCGUCUUUCAGGACACUUUCCGGAGGCUCAAGACGAUCCCUGAUGUCCUGUAUCCCUCGCUGCACACCCAGUACUUUGAUCAGAUGCAGAAGAAACUGGAUCAGCGUUCUGCUUUGCUGGAUGAGCCCAUCCAUGGCAGGGUUCCACGCAAUGCCUUCAUCUAUCUGGACAUCAAUCGGUAUGAGCGAAAGAAGAACCACGCCCUGGCUUUGCAUUCCCUGCGCCUCCUGGGCGACAUGCUGCCCUCCAUGGAGUUUAAACGUUGUUGUUUGAUAAUCGCCGGAGGAUAUGACACCCGCUGCAUUGAGAAUGUCGAGCAUUUUGCGGAGCUGGAGCAGCUUACCGAGGAGCUGAAGCUGCAGGAUCAUGUAGUUCUACUAAGAUCGCCCACAGAUGAGGAGAAAUGUCGCCUGCUCUUUGGCGCCCACUGUCUACUGUACACGCCCGAAAACGAGCACUUUGGCAUUGUGCCGCUGGAGGGCAUGUACUGCUCCAAGCCAGUGGUGGCCUUGAACAGCGGUGGACCCACGGAAACGGUGGUCAACAACUCAACCGGUUUCCUGUGCGAGAAACAGAAGAAGAGCUUCGGUGGAGCGAUGUACCAGCUUUUCCGGGACGAACCACUGCGCCUGAAGAUGGGCGAUCAGGGCCACAAGCGGGUGCAGCAGAAGUUCUCCUUCCAAGCCUUUGCCGAUCGUCUGAAUGGCAUUGUCCAGGAGCUGGUUCCCAUUCCAAAGCAGUCUAGUGCUAAGAAAACUGAAUAAAAUUCCAGUUUAAAACGGCAAACCUAA